GGCACGAUUCAGCACACGCGGCUCAGUUGUGAUUCGAUUGUCCGGUUAAGUGCGCGUAUUUUUUUUUUCUCAACUAAAAAAAAAAAAAAAAAGAUAAAAUAAUAAGUUGGUUCAACAAAAUCGUGAAUACUCAUAACCAAGAAAAAAAAAUUCAGUCUCGUUAAGCGGAUAUUGUGGAGAAUUUGUGUAUACUCGUGAAUAAUAAUAUAAAUCAAGAAAAAAAUUAAUUAAUUAAUAAUAAAUUUGAGGAAAAAAAAAAAAACCACAAGGAGAGGGAAAUUUGCCCUCUACAAUUUAACAUUGCACAUCGAAGCUUGAAUGAGGAUAGACACAUAAAAUUAAAUUAAAUUAAACAAAAAAAAUAUAACUUAAAUACGAAUCUUUUUUUUUUUUUUUUUUAAUUUUUAGUAUUAUACAAAUAUAUACACAGAUACAAAAAAAAAAAAAAAAAAGACAGACGUAUUACUCGUGCUUAUCCGGACGUAUUAUUUGCGCACAAAGUGUACACAUAUAUAUAUUUUUAACACACGCACACACACAUAUAUAUCAAUCUGUUGAUAUUAAAAUAAUAAUAAUAAUCAAGAGACAACGUGAAAAUUUUUUUUUUUGUUUUUCAUUUAUAUUUUUAUGAGUAAUAAUAUUUUGGAGUAUUUCUAAUUGUUGUUUGUUUUGAUAAAGUAUAUUGUUGUUGUUUUUAAUAAUUUUUUUUAAUUUAAAAUACUUGUUAUAUAAAAAGUUUUAAAUAUGUGUGAUAAUACAAAUCCAACGACGCAAAGCAUAGCAGAUUAUCUGUCACAAUUGCUUAAGGACAGGAAACAGCUUGCAGCUUUUCCAAAUGUAUUUAUACAUGUUGAACGACUAUUGGAUGAAGAAAUUGCAAAAGUACGAGCGAGUCUGUUUCAAAUAAGUGGAGUUAAAAAAGAACCAUUAACGUUACCAGAAGCUGAGGGAGAAAUUACCACAUUAACUGAAAAGGUCUAUGUACCCGUAAAAGAACAUCCAGACUUUAAUUUUGUUGGGAGGAUUCUUGGUCCACGUGGAAUGACAGCAAAACAACUGGAACAAGAAACUGGAUGCAAAAUAAUGGUGCGAGGAAAGGGUUCAAUGCGAGAUAAAAAAAAGGAAGAACAAAAUCGAGGCAAGCCAAAUUGGGAACAUUUGACAGAUGAAUUGCACGUGUUAUUGACAGUUGAAGAUACUGAAAAUCGUGCAACUUUAAAACUUGCUCGUGCUGUUGAAGAAGUGAAAAAACUACUUGUACCCCAGGCUGAUGGUGAGGAUGAAUUAAAAAAAAGACAACUCAUGGAACUUGCUAUUAUAAAUGGAACUUAUCGAGACUCAAACACCAAAGUUGCAAAUCAAGCAGUAUGUGAGGAAGAUUGGAGAAGAGCAGCAGCAGUUGCAGCUGAAACACAACGUUUAUUACCAGGUCUUGGUUCACAAAUGAGACAACAACAAGCACCACUUGGUGCACCAUUGAUAUUAUCACCAAGAAUAUCAGUACCAACAACAGCAGCAUCAUUAUUAAAUGGUUCAGCUCCACCAGGUUCAUUAUUAUCAGCUGGUGAUCCACAUGGUUUAAUUUACUCACCAUAUGCUGAUUAUGCCAAUUAUGCUGCAUUGGCUGCAUCACCAUUACUCACCGAGUAUGCUGAUCAUUCUGGUGGGUUAUUUGCUCGUUGACGCUAAAAUCAUGAGCCCGAAUUAUUUGCAAUUAUUUCUUUUUUUUUUUUUUAUCUAAUACAUAUUUAUUGUUUUUGUUUAUUAUUUUUUUUUUAUACAGAUUUUUAAUAGCUUUAUUAUAUUUUUUUUUUAAAUUGUAAUAAUAAUUACAUUAUUUUGAUAAUCAGUCUCGUUUCCGUCCUCUCUAGUUCAUUAUUUCGGGUGGAAUCGGGCUCAAAAUGAAAAGAGGAAAGAAGAGACGAAGCAGUACUAUUUAUAAUUUAAUAUUAUCAAAUUGAAAAGAAAAAAAAGUAGAAAUAUAUUUAUAAAGAGAAUAUGAUCAUGAUGAUGUUUGACAUCAUGAUUAAAAUGAUAUUAUUAAUUUUAAGAUGAGACUUUAAUAGUUAUUUAAGAUUUUAAAAACAGAAAAAAAAAAAAAAAAAAAAUAGUUGAAAAAAUCAGUCAUUUACUAGUCGCGUCGUAAUUUUUUUUUUUUAGAUGAAUGAUUUUAAUAAUCUUUGUGGACAGAUUGAAAUAAAAAAAAAGAAAAAUAUAUUUUCUUUUUUUUUUUAAACUGGUUAUACUUGUGUGACGUGGAUUAUUAUUUUUUAUUUUAUGCGUUUUUAACACGAUUAGGCAUUGCUAGUCUCUCAAAGUUAUUCGAAUAAAAAUUUUCCCCAUUAUUUAAAAAAACGAAAUUAUAUUUACUCGAGCAUUAUCUCUAUAUAUUUCUUUUUAAAAAAACAAUUUUUAUAUACUUAUUUUGCAUAAUAUGCUUAAACUAGCAUCGAAAAAAAAAGAACAAUUUAGACUAUUUAAAAAAAAAAUCAUGAGAGUUGCUUGGUAUUAUAAAUAAAAUAUUUAAAUAGCAAAAAAUUAUCGUUAAAGUUAAAUUUAAAAAUCAGCUUUUAGUAAUUAGUAAAAUUUUAAUUGAGGAAUAAAAAUUGUAUAUUUAAAUAAAUAUAUAUAUAAAAUAAUAAAUUGAAGGUGCGAAUACUCGACCCCGGGCACACCCCAGACGAUAGGUAAAAUAUUCCGUUAGUUAAUGUUUAACAAAAUCAACAAGCCCGAAGCAUCCGUGCGUCCGCAAUAUUAUACUUACUAACUGUAAGUCAACAUUUUAUUUUUAUUAUUAUUAUUUUUUUUUUACAUAUACCAAACGGAAAUAUAUUAUGUACAUGUACACUUUUAUAACGGAUUAUUGUACACAUAUACAGUAUAGAGACACAGAUUAUAUUUAAAUGAAAAAAAAAAUAUAUUUAAAAAAUAAAUAAAUUAUAGAUAUAUAAAUAUAUGAACGCACAUGGGGCGUCCAGUCAUGUGGCACAUUAACGUGCAUUACUCAAUGCAAUAAUAAUCAAAGGCCAUUCAUUUAUUUUAGUGUCAAUUUAUAUUUAAAAUAUGGCAAACAAAAAAAAAAAAAAACAUCAACUUUAUUUUAUUUAUAUGCUUAAAUAUAUUUUAUUUGUAUUUAUUGAAAAAUAUUUAUAGAAAUCUAGUAUUAGCAUAAUAGCUCCUUUUUUUUCGCUUAUUAUAACCGUGAAUUUUUUUAGAAUGAUUUUAUAUUUUUUUUUUUUUCCAUGACGUGCAACAAUUUAACGAUUUGCGAGAGACGAUUGUAAUUAAUUCGUUUUUUUUUUAAUUAUUAUUAUUUAGCGGUGAGUUAUUGGGAUUUUUUUUUGUGAAUUUAAAAUUAUAAGAUUUUUAUUUUUAAUAACACGUGCUUUUUUUUUUUUUGUAAUUUUAUUUGAUAGAUAAUGGGUAAUGGUUUAUAAACUUUGGUACUUUUUAUUUUUUAUUAAUUAGAUAUUGUUUUUUUUUUUUUUAUAUAUUUAUUUAUGUUAUUUUUUUUUAAUACGCACUUACAAAGUAACACUACAAUUUGAGCCUAGAAUCUCGAGUUCAAUGAGCUCUCAAGGGUUUCGGUUUUUUUUUUAAAAUAUUUUAAUGAUUGAAAUUAAUUGUAAAAAACCAACUUGACUAACUUGAUCGGUCCUGUUUUUUUUCGACUAAAUCUUUAAUUUUUUUUAACAUGUCGCUUUAAAAAAAUAAAAAAAAAAAACCUCGUUUAUUUUUGCUACAUAACAUUACUCAAUUCAACUACCAUAUAAUAUUAAUUUAUCAUUUUUUUUUUUUUCAUCUCCAGUGGUAAUUAAAUAAAAAAAAUUAAUAAACUUUCAAGAAACUAAUAAAAAUUAAUUCACAAUAAUUUAUUAUAUAUAUAUUUUCGCAACCAAAGUGAAGAAAGAUUAUUAUUAUUUUUGUUUUUUUCUAAAUGAAAGAUAUAUGUUAUAAACGACCGGUGAUAGGUAGGCUGUAUAAGUAGGUUUUUUUUUAUUAUUUUUUAAACAGUAUAGAUGUUUUAGGAAAAGUACCCAGGGACCAAACGAAACAAGUAAAUUAAUUUAAAAACAAAAAAAAAAAGUAUACAAAUUAUUCAAAAAAAUAUGGGUGGACUGAUGGUUCUAGUGUAAAUUUGUAGAUGUUAAAAAAAGUGUAAUCUAUGUUUUUAGAAAAAAAUCCCAUUAUAGGCGAGAGACUUGCAAAGGGGUUGUAUAAAUAUCCAAAAUCAAAGUUAAUAAAUUUAAUUAUUAUUAAAAUAAUUAUAUAGAAAGAAAAGGAAAAAAAAAUCAGCAGCCCAGUGCUGAUGAAUUGAAAAAUACUCAUUUUUGAUUUUAUUGAUUAUUAAUUAUUAAAAGUGUUUGUUCUUAUUAAACAACACUAUAAUUAACAAUUGUACAUUUUAUUUUUUUUAUUUUUUUUUUUUUUUGAUAUUAUUUUAUACAAUUAAAUUUUAUUUAUCUUUAUUUUUUAUACAAAAUACACAAUCAAAAUGAUGAGAAAAAAAAAAUAUAUAUCUAUUUAAAAUACUCACAAUAAUAAUAAUUUUUUAUUUUAUUAUUAUUUAAAUUAAUAAAAUAAAAAUUCAGGAUAGAAUUUAUUUCAUUACUUAUUCGUAAAUGGCUGGUUACAUUUUUUUUUUUUUUUUCUUUUACAAGAACAAAUUACCUGAUAUAAAUUUUUUUUUUUUAUUUUAUUAUUUUUCAUUUUUUUUAUUUUACCAUUAAUUUUAUUGAAAAAUCAAAAUAGAUUUAUUAUAACUUCAUUCUUGCAUAAUAAUAAUUAAACUAUAAGAGCAUAAAUAUAAAAAAAAAAAAAAAAUGAAAGAGAAAUAUAUAAAAAUAAUUAUUACAACAGAAAAUUGUUUUAAAUCUGUUGACUUAAUUUAAUUUCUAGAAUUUUAUUAUUACAUUUUAAUUUCAAGGCACAUUCAAAUGACUGUCGACAGUGGUGAUUUAAUAAAUCAUUAUGUAAUAAAUUCAUUUUUACAAGAAUUAACAUAUUUCUUGUAAAAAAAAUUUUAUAUAUAUUGCGAAAAUAAUAAAAUAGCAAACUUCAUAUCCGGUGAUUUCAGAAUAAAUUUAAAUGAUUAUUAUCGCUAUAUGAAAAUUUUUUAAACAAAGUUAAAUCAUCAGGGUUAAGCCAGUGUGUUCAAAACAAGUCUGUUUAUUAAAAUUGAUAAAAAAAAAAAAUUAGAAAACUAGUAAAUUAGUAAAUACUCAUUUAAAUUUUUUUAUAAAUAAUUUAAUUAAUAAUUAAUUUGAAAAAAAGCUCUCUUUAUAUUUUAUUGAAUUUAAAUUUUUGUUUUUACAAUUUAAUAACAGACUUGUUAAUGAAAUAAAUGACAAAAAUAAAUAAACAUAUUUAUAAAUUAAUCAAGAGCAUAAUGACAAAGGAUAUUUGCGUAAAAAAAAAACAUUAAAUAAAUAAAAACAACCAAUGAAGCUGAAAUUUGAGUGGAAUAAAAAAUCAUCAUAUCAUCAUAUCAAUUGUGCUUAAAGACUGCAAUAAUUGAACAAAAAAAAAAAAAUAUAAACAAUAAAUAAUAUUUGAAAAAUUGUAUU